UCUCAUCUCAUCCAAGACAAAAGAAGACGCCGGCCAGCUAACCCUUCUCCCAGUGCGCUCUAAAUUCACUCGUCGUCAUCGUCAACUGAUCUUCAUAUCGGUAUUAAUUACUUCUCUCUUUCUGUUCAUGUUCAGCAUAGAUUUUGAUGGGCUUAUUCACAUUAUCCACCCCUAAGGUUUGAGCAUAGCACUAUUCUGACUGAAGGGUACGAUGGAGAAAGGCACAAAGCCGCCAGCAAGAUUUUCUAAAGGAUUACUGCAGACUGAAGAGUUGUACAAUUAUGUUCUGGAGACUAGCGUGUACCCCCGAGAACCCGAGCCUCUGCGGGAGAUAAGGGAUGUUACUGCUGCCCAUCCAAGGGCUAUGAUGAGUACUGCACCAGAUGCAGGUCAGUUCAUGGCGAUGCUCUUGAAGCUAGUUGAUGCCAAGAAAACAAUUGAAAUUGGGGUUUUCACUGGAUAUUCCCUUCUGCUCACUGCUCUCGCCAUUCCCCAAGAUGGUAAGAUUAUAGCAAUUGAUAUGAAUCGUGAAGCAUAUGAUAUAGGAUUACCGGUGAUUAAAAGAGCUGGAGUUGAACACAAGAUAGACUUCAUAGAGUCAGAGGCUCUACCAGUUCUUGAUCAGUUAUUACAAGAUAGUAGAAAUGACGGCAGCUUUGAUUUCGCUUUUGUAGACGCCGACAAGGUUAAUUAUUGGAACUACCAUGAGAGGUUGAUGAAAUUGUUGAAGGUGGGCGGGAUUGCUGUGUAUGACAAUACACUGUGGAUAGGAUCGGUUGCAAUGCCAGAAGAUGAGACUCCAGAGAUACUAAAAGCAGGAAGGCAAGCAACUUUGGAACUCAACAAGUUACUUGCAGGUGAUCCUCGCGUCCAGCUUUCUCAUGUCCCAUUAGGUGAUGGCAUUACAAUCUGUAGGCGUGUUUACUAAACCUCUGGUUGAACCUAGAUGUAUUCAAAACAACAAAACUUAAGAAGAUUGGAAAUAAAUGUUAAUAACAAGAAUAAGAUGAUCAUAUUAUAUUCGCAUUA